UUCGAAGCGUAUGCACGUAUAUGUCUCGAUUGUGCGUGUAUAUUUAUUAAUUUAUUUUUUAUUUUACCUAACGUUUCUUUCCUCCUUGGGCGUUCGGAGAGUGUGUUUUGCUUCUGAGUCUGGAGCUCGCGAUGACAGUACCGCGAACGACGUAGAAGUCGAGAAAUGUUAUUUUGGCGACGAUUGUAAAACAAUUUAGAAGAUUAAUUCAACGAAUAAUAACGUGCGCGACCCCAGAACAACCGUGAACGCCUAUCGCGAUACGCGUGUCGAAAAAUCGUGGAAAAUCGAGUUACAAAAAAACCUUGGCCAGUGAAACUUCAAGUUUGGACGAGAAUCUCGCCAAUCACCAAGUGUGCAAAACGUAACACCAAAAAAUAGUUUUCGGUGUUGUCAUCGAUUGUGAAAACUUGCGAGAUUGAUACAAGUCGGUGUUAUCAUCGUCGCAAAGAAAAGAUAAACCGUAAUCGAAAGACGUACCUGAAUCCGUGAACGCGUGACGGAUUGUUGCAACCUCGGUGUGAGACCACCGGGCAAUAGAGAAGAUUCCACGAGGUGACAAGCAGUGACACAACAACGACGUUCCACAGUGAAACCGAGAUUUGAAAAUACGGAAACGGAAACAUCUGAAUAGCAAGUAGGCGCAGAGUAGUGAUCAGCGCGCAGCGUUGAAGAGCGUCGUCUCUACGUGUGUGAUACACACAAGAGUGAAUAUGCACCAGUGUGUUAUUGUUUUGGUUGCUGUUUUUUUCGGAGUUUAAAUCCGAAACAACCGUGUUCUGUGUUUUGGUAUCGAGAUCCCGGUAGAAGAGGGCCCAAAUAAAUGCUACAAUUAAUUUGAAUAAUCUUGAAUGAAGCAACCGAAAUUAACAUAAUUCGUAUACUCGCGCGGGACGCCAGUGUGGACGCAGUUGUUGUUUGAGAGGAGAGCACCUCACUUCCAAGUGGGGGCAACAUCUGUGCUAAGGGGACUUCAACCUGAGUUUUUGUUGGGGAGCCGAAUCAAAAAACACACGAAAAAGAAAAUACUGUAAAAAUUCCGGCAGCCAGCGCCAGUAAAACAAUUCGAGCAUCGAGUUGACGCGAGAAGAAACGAAACGAGAAGUUAUUAGCGAAGAACAAACACCUCUGCUUGGAGAGAGAUGAUUGAUUGAUUCUACACUGCGGCUUUGAGUUAUCGGUAUAGGUCCGCUGGUGGAGCAUUAGAGACUUACAAGUUCGGUCAGGGUGUUUGGUGGAAGCUGCUUGAGAUAAAGAGACUGAGAGAAAGAUAAAUAAAACAGGUCCCCCUGAUUUGAUUACUUUGACGUGAUCGACAUUUUUUGCUUCGAGAUCGUCAACCAGAACGCGACUGACCUGUUUGCUGCGGAGCACCGAUCAGGUGGAAGCAAUUUUUUUGGGUCGGUAACCUGACAGCGCCAAAACGCUACUGCGAGAUACGAUUGGCUGGAACGGUUCAGACCAAGUGCCCACGGUGGCGUGUUAUGAUAGUGACCCCUAUUUUCGUAAAAUAGUAAAACUGAGCCCAAAUUUGGAGCCCUACCCCGCCAGCGUGGAAGGGCUUAACAGCCCUAGAGCGGUGGGGAUGGCCGCCACCACGUAUUUAUCGCCCAGUGGGGAGCUGGAUAUGGCCUUAGGCGGCGGAUACCACACAUCUUCACCGCGGAGUGCAGUGGAUGCGAACGAGAUGAAGUACAUGCAUCACCACCACCAGAGUCACCACCAUGUGCCCUCUAGUCCUAGUCCGAACCCGGCUGGUCUGGGUUCGGUGACGGGUGGUUUGGGCGGUGUCGGUGGAAAUCCUUGGGCGGCACUGCAAACAUCGGAUCCCUGGGCGUUGCAUUCCCAUCACCCUCACUCGCACCCGCAUGCAACCGAUGUCAAGCAGGAAAUGCAUUUAUCCCAACAGGCUCGGGCACAGCAAGGAAUGGCAUCUCCACAUGCGUGGCAUGCACCGGUGCAUCCUGGAACGCACUACGCCACCGGAGGAUCUCCACUGCAAUACCAUCAUCCGAUGAAUGGUAUGCUCCAUCAUCCCGCUCAUCCUGCUCAUCACCAAAGUGCACCUCCCCUGCAUCACUCGUUGCGGGGAGAAUCGCCUCAGCUGCACAUACCACACCACCACCUGCAAGGCGAUCGGGAUGUGAGUGCCGGCGAAGACGAUACCCCCACGUCGGACGAUCUAGAGGCAUUUGCGAAGCAAUUCAAACAAAGACGAAUUAAGCUAGGAUUCACCCAGGCCGACGUUGGUCUAGCACUUGGCACCCUGUAUGGCAAUGUUUUCUCCCAGACAACGAUAUGUCGAUUCGAGGCUCUACAGUUAAGUUUUAAAAAUAUGUGCAAACUAAAGCCAUUGCUACAAAAAUGGCUGGAAGAGGCUGACUCUACUACGGGCUCAUCGACCAGCAUCGACAAAAUAGCUGCCCAGGGUCGGAAACGGAAAAAGCGCACCAGCAUCGAGGUAUCGGUCAAGGGAGCCCUAGAACAGCACUUCCACAAACAGCCGAAACCCUCGGCACAGGAAAUCACCAGUCUUGCCGAUUCGCUGCAGCUCGAGAAGGAAGUCGUCCGGGUAUGGUUCUGCAACCGACGGCAGAAGGAAAAACGGAUGACGCCACCAAAUACGAUGGGUGGUGACAUGAUGGAUGGAAUGCCACAGGGUCACAUGGGCCAUCCGGGACACGGUUAUCAUCCGCAUCACGAUAUGCACGGCAGUCCAAUGGGAGCCCACAGCCACAGCCACAGUCCGCCCAUGCUCAGCCCUCAGAGUAUGGGCGGUGGAGGGCACCAUCAGCUAACGGCCCACUAGCAAUCAGAGCACCAGGAGUCCAACAAUAAACCGGCGGUAUUUCAACCGAUGCAUCACCACCACCACCACCACCAUCAUCCCCACGCAGGGAUUAUGCAUCCACAUGCCGCCGGUGUUGUCUCCUCAUCCGCCAACGAGAAUAAUAGCUAUAGCAUAGCAUCGACCACCACAAAUACCUCUUCGCCACCGUCAGCGUCGUCGUCGUCCUCUUCCACGGCGGCGGCCGCCGCAGCCGCAGCCGCUGCAGCAGCCGCCUCCUCGGGAGCAUCACCAUCGUCGUCGUCGUCAUCGGUGGCCGCCGCUGCUGCCGCACAAAUGUACAUAGAUCACCGGCAUCACCAGCAGCAGCAGCAGAUGCACGCUAGGCGGAUAUUUCAGGAGUGGACUCUGCAGUUCGGACCAACCGGAACAGCAACUGGUGCAAGAUAUUUGAACUAAAACCCCUCACACAGUUCCCCUUUCCCCAAUAAACUUCCCCAAUCGACGUCGAGUACACAACACGUCGCCAUCUCGAGAGAACGGAACCGAUGAUGUUCCAAUAGCAGAAGUAGCAGCAGCAUCACACACAAACACUCAACAGCAGCAGCAGCAACUUAAACCACGGAAGCAAACCAACCAUCCGAGAUGCAAGCUAGUAAAAUGUAUAAUGAAUUAAUGAUGUCCCCUGCUCCGAGGAUCCCUUCCCAUUUUUCCCCAUUCCUUUCCCAAAAACUCUAAAUAAAUUGUUUAAAUACUAGUUUAAACUCUAAACAAAAGAAAAAACCGAAGCAACAAAGCGACAAGUGGUGACUUAAAACUAUUGGUGAAAACAAGAAAACCGAAUCGCGAUCUAUGUUUACCUGUAAAUAGCGAAUAAUGAAGCGAAGAAGAGUAAUACAAUGAAAAAAAGAGUAAUACAACCUAAGUUAAUAUAGUAAUGGAUCAGUACCGCGUAAGAACCAAACAAAGAACAACAACAAGUUUAGACAAAAAAAACGAGUACGAAAAAAAGGUUAGAAUUUCUAAAGUACAAGAGUAAGUAAUAGAGCGACUCCAGCGGGCAAUCGGCAAAUGAGCUACAACAAACAAACAUACUUACCCUAAUCAUAGAUAGAAGUUGAAAAAUUUUGGCGAUCGACAGCGAAGCUCAGAGUUGUUCUCAAAGUGAUAACCGGAAAAGAAACAGAAAAUCUCUCUGAAUGCAUGAAAUGUGAAUCUCUCUGUUAAGAAAAAUGAAAAUUGUAUGAAAAAUCCUGCAGAAAUAGAUGAUGUUGAUUGACUUAAAAACCAAUCGAUAAUCGAAACAAUCGAACUCCCAUCGGCUCCGGCUGUGCGUGUGUAAGUACUUUUCAUUUGAAGUAAAAGAAAUCAUCAGUCUGUGGGGUCUUUUUAGUGGAGUUUUACCGGGAGUCUCUUUCUCUUGUUGUGUUGAGUGAUGUUUUCCAGUUUUUGUUUCCGCUUUGCCGAAGAAUAGUGGUAAAUUUUUACAAUUGAGCCGCCGUCUUCGCGGCUCCUCGUGAGAGUAUCUUGCAAUUAAAUUUGAUGACCCGUGAGUGUGUGUAUUGGUUGCCGCCGCCGUGGAUAUUGCACUUUAUUGGCGUAGUUGCCGUUUUUUUUCACGGGAAAUUUCCGGUCGAGGUGAAAACGCGAUUCCUACUGCUGCUGGGUAAUUCCGGCGGCCGACGGAGGGUCGGCAAAAUAUAAGCAGAAAAAAGGUCGGCUGCCAUAAAUUUUUCAAGUAUCGUUCUUCUUUCGGGUGCGCCCACCUUUAACAGAGGUGUAGUAGUGCUUCCCGAAACACCUUAGAGAAAAAAAAGUGCCAGAUUCUGUGCGGCCUGUGUCGAGGCACAGUAGUCUCUCUCUCCUUCGGUGCGGCUUGGUUUCUCGGCUCGUUUCCACACCGGGUGGUACGGGAAAUUUCCUGUCCAGGAAAUUCCGGUAGUAUCCUCUCGUUUUUACGAGCCUACAGCCAGCCGGUACCCAUUUGGUGGCGGAGAUCUACUCGCUACUCUAGAUGUAUGCCUACAACGGCACCCAGGCCGAUUAGUGAUGAUUGUUUCUCUGGUUCUGCUUCUCUUCACACCUUCGCCCCGAUCUUCUUGCUGUUGUUGUCGCUGCAAAAUUUAGAAGGCACCAUACACUCGGAAUUGCUGCGGAACUGCUCGGUUGCUUGGAGUUUCCAUUUGUUUUUGCCGUCGGGGGUCUCUCAAUUUGCUCGGUCAACAAAGGGCAGGGAUGUGUAUUGAUUGGGCUUUACCGGGUGUGCGCCACCAGGUUCCUACCUGGACCUCUCUCUCCUGUUGCUGCCGUGAGAAGUGGGACGGGCUUUGAGGAAAUUCCCUUAAUCAUUUUUAAAUUACCGGGCGCAAUAUUCCUCACCUCCUCAACAGAGAUCCUGAUCCUUAGGCUUCGGCUUCGGGAAAGAUAUGACUUAAACCGGGGAAUCCCUCCUGGCAUUUAUUUGACUUUGACUGCAGAUGAUUUGGUGAAUUUUGGGAAAAUCGAUUUUGUUGUUUUGAUUUUUUCGGAUUUUCUUCUAGGCCUGGGACUUUUACAAAGCCUACUAUAGGCCGUAUAAUGAUUUCGAACACAAAGGAGCAAAAAUAAACAAAAAUUGUGUAUACAUCGUAUAAACCGCUGUAAAAAGUGUCAGUUUUAAGGAAAAUGUACAUCAUUUAUGUAAAUUUUUUAUGUAAGGAAAUUGUGUUAAUGAUACCGCUUACAAAAAAGAGAUAAGAAAAGUCAGAAAUCGAUAGUUCAAGUUCACGGUUAAAGUACCACCUUGCAGAAAUUUCUCGCAAAACAGAAGUUAAAAAAGCGUAAACGAUCUGUGCUACGAUCAUCUACUACACUCUACCAACAACAGUGACGUCUGAAUUUGAGUAACGCAAAAGUGCGUGCUCAUUGCGCCGCAUUUCGCGGCUCGCGAGUACAGUCCGAAUGAAUGAAAUAAAACCCACGGGCGCUAAAUAACCGUAGCACCGAAAAAUGCAUGGAACGGAAACAAAAAGUCGGCCUAUAAAGAAGUUACCUUUACAACUUCGGGCGGAGGGUUUCGAGCAAGCAAGCUUUCUAGGGGACGACGACGAUGGUUCUUAUCGGUCACCUAAUUUUCCAGUUUUUCUUCCGCUCGUGUUUUCAUUCUUCAGGGAACGGUUUUUUUUCUCAUUCGUACCUUUGUAUAUCCCCGUUAAAUUAUAGCAAGCAAGCAAGCAACAACAACAAGAAUUUAACAUCAGGGCAGGUGGUUUGGUGUCUUUCUUGCUGAAUUUGCGCCUCCAUCCUGGUUGUUAAUCGACGCCGGGUUCUUUGUUGCAAAAAUAAUGCGUUCCGACUUUUAUUGGCUUUGUUAAGGUCAAGUUUUGCCUGAUGUAAACUUUUUUUCUUAAUGAAUUGGUAAAGAAAAUUUCAUUUUGUUUGUAGUUAUUCAUUAUUUUGAAAUUUUUUAGCUUGUUUUUUUUAUUAAUAAGCUACUUGGGCGCUUUAUCCUGGCAAAGUCUGGAUUUUUUAGGCCCUAUGAUGAUUUAUUUAUUAACUGUAAUAGCAAGUUCACUGGUGUUGGGAAAAAGUGGUAGAGGUUUUGACACUUGUAGCACAUUUUGAAAAUUUUACCAUGUAAAAAUGUUUUCAAGAUCUUUGGGCGUUGAAUUUUUUUAUAACACUAUUUCAAUUUCAGCCGUAUUUAAUAGAAAUCGAGCUAGUUUUGCAUCACAGCAUGCAAAAAUACAAUACGUGUUGUAAGAGCAAGUUCACUGGUGUUGGGAAAAAGUGGUAGAAAUUUUGACAUUUUGAAAAUUUUUCCAUGCAAAAAUGUUUUAAGACCCUUGGGCGUUGUAUUUUUUACAUCACUGUUUCUAUUUCAGCCGUAUGUGAUACAAAUAUUGCUAUUUUUGGUUAACAGCAUGCGAAACUACAACACGUGUUGUUUAAAAACUAGAAGGCCACAGAUCUUGAAAAUGUUUUUGCACGGCAAAAUUUUCAAAAUAUUCUAAAAGUGUCAAAAUUUCUAGAACUUUUUCCCAACACGAGUGAAUUUGCUGUAACAAAUGGUAAGUUGGUUUCGGAUCGGAAAAAAGUAUUUUCAAGAAUGUCAAGAAUGUUCAAGAAGGCCCGUUUUUGCGAUUCUGUCACUGAUGAUGUAAUGAAAUUUGAAAAUAUUUCAAAAGAAAUUGUUUCGCUGAAGUGGCUUACUGAUUGGCUUGAUAUUACAACUUUGACCUUCUAGAAAAAUUUUUCGCUGAAAAAUUCCCUGAGACUAAGUUUUUUGAUUACAAACAACUCUUGUUUUUGGCUCUUUAAAAUCUUCGGAAAGAGCCGUUUCAAAUAAACAAAGUAAAAAAAUAGCUCUUGGUCUACGAAAAACUUCAUAAAUGAGAAAAUUUGUAAGCUGUUUUUUUUUUAAAUUGCAUAUGCACAGGGGCUAAAGAACAUGACUUUCAGUACUUUUUCGGUUGUAGAUUUUAAACACUUCAACCAAUUUAUCGUAAAAUUUUAAACAUAUUUGCACUGAUCUAUAGCUAUAUUUUUAUGUACUUUUUGUUCAAAUGAGAUAUUUAAACUUACCUACAUAAAAGUAAAUAGAGUGCACAUUUUUCGAAUUUUUGUCUUACUUUCCCAACGCCGCCUUUAGACGGGGUUUAUAUUUCAUCUCUUUUUCCUAACUUAGG